GAGUCUGAUCCUGUUUUUUGUCUCUUAGAGAAGGAAUGGGACCAAAAUUGCUUUUUGCCUCUAUGAAAAACAAAAAACUUUUCUGGAAUCUUUGACGAACGAUAGGAAAAGAUGGUUACUUUUUGCCUGUUGCUAUGAGCUUAAAACUUGCUAGUUAGCAUUUGUCUUUUCGAAAGCAACACUCUUUCAAUCAAUAACCAUGGAAGCUAGUGAACAAGACAGAGUAGCCACAGUACCAAAGCCGUCACUGUAGAAACAAGUCGACAAACAAAAACAAUUAGGAAAAUUCGCAGACGUUUCCUUGAAGCUUCUCUCAAUAAAACCCAAUUCUCCAUCUUUUCGCUUUCCCGCUUCCCUCUUUUUUACCUUUCUCUUUCAAUUUUUUUGGAAAAUUAAAAUGAAAAGAAAGGAAAAAGUGAGAGAGAGAAAUUUGAUUCAUUUUUUCCGGAUAUAAUUGAAUCGCAAUUGAAGAGAAAGAGAAGGUUUUCGAGUUUGUGUUUGUUUUUUAAGAAAAGAAAAGUUCAAAGUGAAGAGCAGAAAAAAAACAGAAGAGUUUGAUUUUAUUUUAGUAUUUUUUUCUGGUAUUUUCUUGGCAACCAAACAGACUUGAGUUUGAAGAUGCAAACGAGGUAUAUGGAGAGGUCCAAUAGUAUGGCGCGAGAUAAGAGAGGUUUGGAUUCGAGUUCUGGUGAUGAAGGGCCUGAAAGGAAACGACCAGCCCUUGCAAGUGUGAUUGUUGAAGCUCUGAAGGUGGAUGGUCUGCAGAAACUUUGCUCAUCAUUGGAGCCUAUUCUUCGGAGAGUUGUCAGUGAAGAAGUGGAACGUGCUUUAGCAAAACUAGGCCCUGCCAAGCUUACUGCUAAAAAAUGCAGGUCUUCUCCUAAACGGAUAGAAGGACCUGGUGGAAGAAAUUUGCAGCUGCACUUUAGAUCCAGGUUGUCCCUCCCUCUCUUUACUGGAGCGAAAGUCGAAGGGGAGCAGGGUGCUACUAUCCAUAUUGUCUUGAUUGAUACAAACACUGGUCAUGUCAUCACAUGUGGUCCAGAAUCCUCAGUGAGACUCGAUGUUGUUGUGCUUGAGGGUGAUUUCAACAAGGAAGAUGAUGAUGACUGGACUCAAGAAGAAUUUGACAGCCACAUUGUCAAGGAGCGCGAAGGGAAGAAGCCACUACUAACUGGAGAUCUGCAGGUGAUGAUGAAGGAUGGUGUAGGAACACUAGGGGAGCUAACAUUUACUGACAACUCGAGCUGGAUUAGGAGCAGGAAAUUCAGGCUAGGGCUAAAGGUUGCCUCCGGCUCUUGUGAAGCCAUCCGAAUUCGUGAAGCGAAAACAGAUGCCUUCACUGUUAAGGAUCACCGAGGAGAAUUAUACAAGAAACACUAUCCGCCUGCAUUAAACGAUGAGGUCUGGAGAUUGGAGAAGAUUGGCAAAGAUGGGUCAUUUCACAAGAGGCUCCAUAAAGCUGGAAUUUUUACGGUUGAAAACUUUCUACGACUUGUGGUUACAGACUUACAGAGGCUGAGAAAUAUUCUUGGAAGUGGAAUGUCUAAUAAGAUGUGGGAUGUUCUGGUGGAGCAUGCAAAAACUUGUGUUCUAAGUGGGAAACUUUAUGUUUAUUACCCUGACGAUGUGAGGAGUGUUGGCAUAGUCUUUAACAACAUCUAUGAGUUGAGUGGCCUAAUCGCUUAUGGACAAUAUUAUGCAGCUGAUUCUCUUUCAGACGAUCAGAAGGUUUAUGUGGAUGACUUGGUAAAGAAGGCAUAUGAAAAUUGGAUGCAUGUUAUAGAGUAUGAUGGCGAGUCUCUACUAGGCUGUAACGAAGAUGAUAGUGCAGGUGCUUCAGAAGCCAAAGUUCCAAUGGAUCCGCAAGGUUAUCCAAGUUUGAUUAACCAGCAGCAGACUCUACCAAGCCUGUCAGUUCCAGUUCCUUCGGAGCAGCCUCCCAUGGAUUUUGGAGGUUAUGACGAUAGUAUGGCUGCCAGAAUGUCGAUGCAAUCACGAAAUGUACAUCUUAAUUCUCAGACUUUGUUGAACGGUGCUUCAUUCACUCUACAGAACCCCUUGGUCAGUGAUUCACAGCAGGUCCAGCUUUCAGGAAAUGAGAAUGAGCUAGCGCUUGGCCCAUCUCAGUCAUCCAUGCCAGGUUUCCAUGGUGCUGCCACAUCAAAUAUUCCUACUUAUAAGGGAGUCGAGGAUAUCUUCUCAGAGGAGGAGAUUCGAAUGAGAAGUAAUGAGAUGCUUGAAAAUGAAGAUAUGCAGCAUUUGCUUCGUAUCUUUAACAUGGGAAGCCAUGAACAUCCUCCCUUUAAUGCUUCUGAAGAUGGUCAUCCUUAUUCCUCAACAUAUACGCCCACCCCAUCUCUGAAUUAUGGUUUUGUUAACAAAGGUUCUCGUUCAUCUGGCAAAGCUGUAGUUGGAUGGCUCAAGCUCAAGGCAGCUCUGAGAUGGGGCAUCUUUAUUAGGAAAAAGGCUGCUGAAAGGCGGGCACACCUUGUUGAGGUGGAUGAUUCAUAGAUUUAGCGUUUGAGGCAAAG